AUGGAAUUUCCUUCUGAGGAUAGAGUUAACCACCAAAAAGGGUCACAGCCAUCAUGGGAACAGACACCGUCUCUCUGAAGGCACAUCAGAUCUGCCAGAGUAAAAGACCAAGGUACGGUAGCUCACAAAGGAAUGCCACCAGCUUAGCUUUACUACAAGAAGUCCCAGGAACACCUGUUCCAGGUCAGCUUCUCACCUGGUUAGUCCACAUCGAUUAUCAUCGCAUGGAAUUGGUUCAAUCAGGAGAAAAUAGCAUCAAGGGAAGCUCCAGGAACAAACUGGAAAUCAGGACAUGUUUGGAUGGAAGAGAAACAGAGCGCAACCGCCCGUCUGCCUCAUUCUCUGAUGUGACCUACAGAGAUUAGAGGCAGAAGCUGGGCUCCCAGAUCUUGCUAAAGGUCUCACUGCACUCAGCUCCCACAGAGAAGCUGUGGUCAGAGCAGAGAAGACUUCGUCUGGGCGUCUCCACGCAAGGUACAUCCUGAUUAUUGAAGAGCAGAUUGUGUACUGAAGGCUCCCAAUCGCUUUCAGAAGCUAAUAAAGGGCGACUUCAGCUCAGUUCACUGCCAAGGAGUGACCUUCAGAGACCAUGGCCCAGAGUCUGCAAGAGGAGGUGACCUGUCCGGUUUGUCUGGAAAUUUUCUUAAGCCCCAUUUUACUCCCCUGUGCACACAUUUUCUGCUUUCAUUGCGUGCAAAGAUGGAUGCUAGAACACAGGGAUCUGAAAUUGACCUGCCCCGUGUGUCGAGGGGUAAGUGACAGCCCCCCUUUGGAGGAAUGGCAGAUUGGAGCACUAUCACUUCUGUUCACACAGCACAGUGCCCUACUGGAGAAAAGUCUGCACGUAAGCAAUGAGUUGUUGAGGUUCCGGGAGGAUGUGACCCUGGAUACAAGCACCGCCCACUCCUUCCUCAUCCUCUCUGAUGACCUCAAGAAUGUUCGGUGUGGGAAGAUCUGCCGCAACCCAGUGGAAGAUCCCCAGAGGUUCACCCACCUGGCCUGUGUCCUGGGCACCCCAUGCUUCUCCUCCGGCUGCCAUUACUGGGAGGUCGAAGUGGGACAGGCGGAGGAGUGGACCCUGGGGAUCUGCCAGGAAUCAGUCGACAGAAAGAGAAAGGCCGGUUUCUCCUCCGAGCAUGGCUUCUGGUUUAUCAGCAUGAAAGCAGGGACCAUCUAUACCAGCUCCUUCCCAGAAACCAGAAUUCCUGCGAGCCCUGAACUUAGCCACGUAGGAAUUUUUUUAGAUGUCGAGAUGGAAGAAAUCAAGUUUUUUGAUGUGAGAGGUAAUACCCUCAUCUACACACACAGUCAUCUCUCACGUGUGGAGCCUUUGCGUCCAUUCUUCUGUCCCGAGCUGCCUAGAGAAAGUGACAGUGGUGCCUCCCUGAAACUCUGCUCAUGAGAAACUCAGCACUUCCUAGAAGAUUUCUCAGAGGUGAAUGAGACCUUUGACUCGAGAAAGGGCAGAAUGACCUAGAGAGAGACCAUGUGUGUAGUAGAAAGGUUGUGCCGAUUUUUGAAAUAGAUUUUGUAGACUUUGCAGCUGAAUAGUUUUUGGGGUGCAUUUUGUAGACUUCGUAGCUAAAGAA